AUGAACUACGCGUGGUAUCUGGUUCUCCUCGCAUGCUUUGCGAUUUGCGGGGUGACAUCUUUCUCGAAUGCCUCAGAGGGUUCUGUUCAAGAUUCUUUAGCGAACCAACAAGUAAGAACAUUAACAAAUACCGAUAAAAUUCCGGAGAGAAAUUGGACUACAUUGCCGGAAGCGCUAGAUAUAUUCAAUGUGCGUUACCUUGCCAGUAAUUGGACAGAAGGGAAAUUUCCUGUUCAAGAACAGUGUGCCAAAGACAUUACGAGGUACAUCGAAGGAUUAAAAAGACAAGAAGGAUGGGCUCUGAAAGUGGAUGACGCUUCGGGCAGAUACACCAACAGCUUCUUCUGGGGAAACUCUUAUUAUGUCGGAUCAGCCACCCAGUGUGCCUACAUCGACCGAGAUUAUGGAAAAAAGAUUGCAAAAGUGCACGAAGAUGCAUCGAUAGACGAGGUAGAAGAAUUUAACAUCGAGCCGCGAAAAAAGAACAGCGGUCCCAGUGGAAACAAUCUCUGGGUUGGAACAAAAUUAGAUAAGCCACCUUACAAACUAGGAUUUUAUAUGAUCACCAUUUCAAUGAACACCACGUUAUCUCCUGUGACUAGAAUGAUUUAUUUAGGAGUUUGUCUACCUUUCUCGUGUAAUGCUACCGAUGUUUUUGUAAUAACAAAACUCGCCGGAAGCGAACAGGCGGUGAAACAUUUGUCAAUUGAAAAAGUUCGAGAUCAGCAUAAUGCAUAUAACAUGUACGAGGAUCCAGUGUUUUGGAUUCUUUUUGGUGUGAGCGCUACGAUUUUCUUCCUGAUGGUCAUUGGUACUGCAUACGAUAUCUAUAUAACGAGAAAAUAUACGCACGGAAGAAACGUUAUUUAUGACUUGGAAAGGCACGUGAAACUUGAACAGUUAGCUGUUAAAAAUCAAAAAUCCUUAAGUGCUUUUCAAGGUAAGGUCUACCUUCCUGUUCCAGUGACAGAAGCUAUCAUCAACGGACCACAGUCAUUAGCAGUUAAUAACAACAACAAUCAUGAAUGUAGCCUACGCUCAGCUAGUCCAGAAAUACAUAAAUUCAGUGUCUUCGAGGAAUUGUUGCUUUCUUUCUCAAUUCGAACUAAUGUGAAAAUCAUAUGUGAUGAUAAAGUUGGAGGUGAUACUAUUAGUACGAUUCAUGGCCUUAGAGCGAUAUCGAUGGCUUGGGUUAUCCUGGGUCACACCUGUAUUACAGCCUUCAAGUACUCCGAUAACAUGGAAUACAGAAAAGUCGUGGAAAAAAAAUUUCUCUUUCAAACAAUCACAAAUGGAGCUUUCAGUGUUGAUACAUUUUUCUUCAUGGGAGGCUUACUCGUGAGCUUCUUGUAUUUCAGAACAAACGCAAAAGGAGACUUGAAUAAACUCACGCAGGGUACACGAGGUAUCAUUGCAGGUGGUUUGAAAUUCAUCGGUCUUCUUAUAUACCGAUUUUGUAGGCUCACAGCUCCUUAUAUGUUUGUACUUGGAGUGGUCCAAAUUGCAAUGAAAUGGUUUCAUUCGAAUUCUGUGUUUGAACCACCAACAGCAGAUCAUUAUAAUUGUGCCAACUAUUGGUGGAGAAAUUUGCUUUAUAUCAACACUUUGUUCCCAGUGGAUCAAAUGUGUAUGAUUUGGAGUUGGUAUGUCGCGGAUGACACUCAGUUCUACAUUGUUGGCGCUGUGAUCCUGAUCUUAGCAACAAAUCACUUUAAAAUUGCAACCUUCGCAAUGACUACCUUACUAAUGAGUUCCUGGUUAACAACGGGUUAUAUUGCUCUAGUAAAUAAUCAUAUGCCAAGCUCGGACGACCCGUUGGCGCUUUUCGAUAAAAUUUAUGAUAAACCAUGGACCAGAUUAGGUCCUUAUCUCAUAGGCAUGUCAAUGGGAUACUUACUUUUUAAGAUUGAUUGCAAAAUAAAAAUGUCCAAGACAACGGUUUGCGUAGGAUGGCUCCUUUCUUCAGCAUGUCUAUUAAGUUUAUUAUACGGUCUAUACGAAACAGAACUUAGUCCUAUAAUGGCAGCUACUUAUUCUUCAUUAAGUCAUAGUGUAUGGGCGCUUGGUUUAUCGUGGAUUGUUAUUGCAUGCAGUACAGGUUACGGAGGAUAUGUGAAUAGUAUUCUGUCGGCACCGAUUUUAUACCCAAUCAGUAGAACAACGUAUUGCGCUUAUUUGGUACAUCCACUUGUAAUUCGAUUGACAGCUAUGAACUUGGAUUCACCGUUUCAUUUAGGAAAAUAUACCAUGAUGAUCACUUUCUUUGGACAACUGGUUUUAUCAUACAUAUUAUCAUUCAUCAUAUCAGUAUCCUUUGAAGCUCCUAUUGUGAGCAUGUUAAAAAUACUUUCUCCCAAAAAACGAAAACGCAUACAAUGAGGCAGUAACA